AUGCUGAACGCCAACGGUGGGCAAGCUCCAAGCAGCCUGCGGCUCUGGCUCGACUCCUUCAGUCCUUCGGCCCAUCUCUCUUCACGGACGCGUGCGGGGGAACCCAUUCCGGUUACUUCGCAGGCGAGGCAGCAACAGUCCCUUGACGAUCGACCUUUCUUGCACCUCGACCAGACCACCAUAAGAAACAGCCCAAGCGAGGGCAAGGAAGACGGUGAUGACACGGUUCUAUAUCUGGGCUACGGCUCCAAUCUGAGUGCCGAGACAUUUCGGGGCAAAAGAGGCAUCCGGCCGGUCUCGCAGGUCAACGUCGUCGUGCCAACUCUGUCCCUGACCUUCGACCUGCCGGGCAUACCGUACACGGAGCCGUGCUUUGGCAACGUGCGACAUCGGGACGAAACUCUCCAGUCGGAGGACUACCACAAAGACCACUGGGCCAAGGGCCUCGUGGGCGUGGUGUAUGAAGUGACGAAGGAGGACUUUGCCCACAUCAUUGCAACAGAGGGAGGUGGGUCAGGAUACGAGGAUGUGCUGGUCGAUUGCUACGCCCUGAGCGGCGAACCCAGUCAGGAUGUGCCGAUGAAGCCCGCGGGACGGCCGUUCAAGGCGCACACGCUGUUCGCGCCGUCGAAGUUGUCGCGGCCGGAUCAUUCCUAUGCGCAGCCCAGCGCGAGGUACCUCAAGUUGAUCACCGACGGGGCCACUGAACAUGGACUGCCGCUGGAGUAUCAGGCAUUCUUGCAUCAGAUUAGGCCGUUCCGUCUGACAACCACGAAUCAGAGAUUGGGGGCGUUCGUGUUCCUGAGCGUGUGGUCUCCAUUCUUGUUGUUCCUUAUUGGAGGAGCGGCCUCGGUGUUCUUGCAACCGGACGGCACGUAUCCGAAGUGGUUUGCCGAGUUCUUGAACGCCAUGUUUAAGGCUUGUUGGGCGAGUUACGACUACUUCUUCAAGGAGCUCUUUGGCGACGGAGAGAGGACGAUUGGUGACGACGAAGAUGAUGACCAGUAUGUGAGCAGUGGCUUGGUGCUUGAUGAGAAACAGCUCUUGAUCGAAAGACGCGGGGACAAGUAUGGUGCGGUGAGCACGGCGGAAGAAGUGGUAUGA